AUGAAAUGUUUUCAGGUUACUCGUCUCACGGUUUCGUACGAGAGAGCGCAGUCAUCGAAUAGAAUGCGAACGGCGAUUCUCAUAUGGUUGACUCUUCAGAACAGUAUUCAUACACUUUUAAUCCGCUACUCUCGUGCGCGAGAGGUUGAGCACAUGUUCUUGUCAACAGUCGCUGUGUUCUUCACGGAAGUUAUGAAAUGCAUCGUGUGUCUUGCUAUUAUUCUCAAAGAGGAGACGCCUAGGAGGUUUUUUGGAGUUUUGAUGGAUCAGGUGGUGCGGCAGCCGUAUGACACCUUAAAGGUCUGUGUACCAGCGAUGGUGUACAUUGUACAGAACAAUUUGUUUUACAUUGCUGCUUCGCAUCUGGAUGCUGCAACAUUCAUGGAAAAAAUUUGUUCUUUGUUGGCAGAUAACAUCUCAGCUGAAAUAUUCACGGCUGCAAUCUUCGGUCAUCAUUCUCAAGAGAUCGCUAACAGGAGCGCAAUGGUUUGCUCUUUUUUACUGUUUGUUGGAGUUUCUUUGGUGCAAGUGCGCGUCGUCUGGAGUUCGGCCGGUUUGGAUGAACAGAAACCAUUAGUUGGGUUUUUCGCGGUGGUCAUCGCUUGCUGCCUUUCUGGAUUCGCUGGAAUAUAUUUCGAAAAGAUUCUGAAAGGUUCAGCACCAGUGUCUUUAUGGAUGCGUAAUGUACAGAUGUGCGUGUUUGCCAUCCCGUCGUCUUUUGCUGGUGUCAUGUGGCAGGUGGAAAAGUGGUCAUGGAAUAACGGUUUACUGUAUGGAUUUGACUGGGUUGUGUGGUUGACCGUUUUAUGG